GCGUGCCGGGCGGCUCCACUUCCGGCGGUUGGUGGAGCCACCGUGUCUUACCAGUCAGCCGGCCUGAGUCCCGGAGGCCCCUCAACAGGAGCAUCCCGAGGAGGCGCCCCGACGGGCGUCCUUCCCGUCCCCUGGGUCCUUUGAACCUAAUUUGGCCGGGACUCACCUUCCGGCGGCGGAGGAUUUCGCGGCCCUGACUCUCCGGAAGUGGGGGCCGUCAAGAUGUGCUCGACGCCCGGGCUGCCGGCGCCCGGGGCCUCGCUGGCCCUGCGGGUGUCCUUCGUGGACGUGCAUCCCGACGUGAUCCCGGUGCAGCUGUGGGGACUGGUGGGCGAGCGGCGGGGCGAGUACCUGCGGCUGAGCCGGGAGAUCCAGGAGGCGGCGGCCACGCGCGGCCAGUGGGCGCUCGGCAGCGCCUCGGCGUCGCCCGGCGAGCUGUGCCUGGUGCAGGUGGGGCUUCUGUGGCACCGCUGCCGCGUGGUCAGCCGGCAGGCGCAGGAGAGUCGCGUCUUCCUGCUGGACGAGGGCCGCACCAUCACUGCCGGCGCGGGCUCGCUGGCGCCGGGGCGCAGCGAGUUCUUCCACUUGCCCUCGGAGGUGCUGGGCUGCGUGCUGGCGGGCCUGGUGCCGGCGGGCUGCGGCGCGGGCGCCGGCGAACCGCAGCACUGGCCCGCCGACGCCGUGGACUUCCUGAGCAACCUUCAGGGCAAGGAGGUGCACGGGUGCGUCCUGGACGUGCUGCUGCUCCAUCGCCUGGUCCUGCUGGAGGUGCCCGAGGUGUUCCAACAGAUGGGGGAGCUGGGCCUGGCCCGGAGGGUCCCCGACAGCCUCUUCCGCUUGCUGCUGGAGCGCUAUCUCUCAGCUGCGGCUGCUAGCGUGGGCCCCGGGAUUCCGGUUCUCUCGCGAAUCCCGCCCAAGCAAAAGCAGCCUGGCCUGGAUUACUUCUAUCCGCAGCUGCAGCUCGGCGUGACGGAGCCCGUGGUCGUAACCCAAGUGUGCCAUCCCCACCGCAUUCACUGCCAGCUCCGCAGCCUCUCACAGGAGAUCCAUUGCCUCUCUGAGAGCAUGGCCCAGGUAUACCGGGGUUCCACCGGGACAGGGGAUGAGAACUCUACUAGCGUCACCUGGGAGGAGAGAGAGGAGAGCCCAGACAAGCCGGGCUCUCCUUGUGCAUCCUGUGGCCUGGAUGGACAUUGGUAUAGAGCGCUCUUGCUUGAGACUUUUCGGCCUCAGCGCUGUGCUCAGGUGCUUCACGUGGACUAUGGAAGGAAGGAGUUAGUGAGUUGCAGCAGCCUUCGGUACUUGCUGCCUGAAUAUUUUCGAAUGCCAGUGGUGACUUACCCUUGUGCUUUGUAUGGACUCUGGGACAGUGGGAGAGGCUGGUCUCGGUCACAGGUCGGUGACCUGAAGGCACUGAUACUGGGCCAGGCAGUGAAUGCAAAGAUUGAAUUUUAUUGCUCCUUUGAGCGUGUAUAUUAUGUCACCCUGUAUGGAGAAGAUGGGAUUAAUCUGAACCGUGUGUUCGGAGUACAGUCGUGUUGCUUAGCUGACCGAGUCCUUCAGAGCCGGGGAACAGAGGAAGAGGAAACAGAAACAUCUCCUCAGUCUCAGUCUCCUGCUGAAGAAGUAGAUGAAGAGAUUUCACUCCCAGCCUUAAGAUCUAUCAGGUUAAAGAUGAACACCUUCUAUGAUGCGCAGGUAGAGUUUGUUAAAGAUCCUUCCGAGUUCUGGAUUAGGUUGAGGAAACACAAUGUCACCUUCAGUAAGCUGAUGAGGAGAAUGUGUGGUUUCUAUUCCUCUGCCAGUAAGCUGGAUGGUGUCGUUUUGAAACCAGAACCUGAUGACCUUUGCUGUGUCAAGUGGAAAGAAAAUGGCUAUUAUAGGGCCAUAGUCACCAAAUUGGAUGACAAGAGUGUGAAUGUAUUUCUAGUUGACCGAGGCAAUUCGGAAAAUGUGGAUUGGUAUGAUGUAAGGAUGCUGCUUCCUCAGUUUAGGAAGCCACCAAUAUUGGCUCUGAAGUGCACCCUAGCUGAUAUUUGGCCUUUAGGAAAAACUUGGAGCCAAGAGGCAGUUUCCUUUUUUAAAAAAACUGUGCUCCACAAAGAAUUAGUUAUCCAUAUUCUUGAUAAACAGGAUCAUCAAUAUGUUAUUGAGAUUCUUGAUGAAUCAAGAACAGGGGAAGAAAACAUUAGUAAGGUAAUUGCCCAAGCUGGAUAUGCCAAGUAUCAGGAAUUUGAAACAAAGGAAAAUAUCCCAGUAAAUGCCCACUCCCCAGGGCACGUUUCAAAUCAUUUUACUGUGGAGAAUAACAAAAUACCUUCUGCCAAGACAGGAGAGGGAGAACAGAAAGCCAAGGGAGAGAAUAAAACCACAUCUGUUUCAAAAGCUUUGAGUGACACAACAGUUGUGACAAAUAGUUCAACUAAACUGGUUUUUCGGGAAAAAGAGAAAAGAGCAUCUGUUUAUUUUCCUCUUACACAGAAUUUCUUGGAAAUUAAGCCAGGCUCUAAUAGUAAAAGAGAGCUGGAAGUUGGAAGUACAGUAGAAGUUAGAGUGUCUUAUAUUGAAAACCCUGGCUAUUUCUGGUGUCAGCUGACCAGGAACAUACAAGCGCUUAAAACUCUAAUGUCUAAUAUUCAGGACUAUUGCAAAAAUACAGCUGCUCCUUACCAGGGAACCACCCGCGCUUGUUUGGCUAAGCGAACGGUAAGCAGAGAAUGGUCCAGAGCUCUCAUUAGUGGGAUACAAUCUAUGGAACAUGUCAAUGUAAUAUUUGUAGAUUAUGGGGACAGAGAAAUGGUAUCUGUGCAGAAUAUUUAUUCAAUUAGCGAAGAGUUUCUCAAGGUUAAGGCUCAGGCUUUUAGGUGCAGUCUUUAUAAUAUAAUUCAACCAACUGGCCAAAAUCCUUUUGUUUGGGGUGAAAAGGCAAUACAAGCUUUUAAUGAAUUUGUAGAUAAUGCAUGGCAAACAAAUCUAGAAUUAAAAUGUACAAUAUUUGCUCUGGCUUCAAUUAAUGAUGAAGAACUAUUUAACGUUGUGGAUUUGCUAACACCCUUUCAGAGUGCAUGCCAUUUCUUGGUAGAAAAGAGACUUGCGAGACCAGUAAAACUUCAGAAGCCUCUGAAGUCCUCUCUUCAGCUACAUUCUUACUUCUAUUCUACACAUGAUAUGAAAAUUGGAAGUGAAGAAUUAGUGUAUAUAACGCACGUUGAUGACCCUUGGACAUUUUAUUGCCAGCUGGCAAGAAAUGCAAAUAUUUUAGAACAGUUGUCAUGUAAUAUUAUACAAUUAAGUAAAGUUUUGCUGAAUUUAAAAACAUCUCCUUUGGACCCUGGAACUUUGUGCCUUGCCAGGUAUACUGAUGGAAACUGGUAUAGGGGCAUAGUAAUAGAGAAAGAGCCAAAGAAAGUCUUCUUUGUUGAUUUCGGGAACAUUUAUGUAGUAACAAGUGAUGAUCUGCUUCCAAUACCUAGUGAUGCAUAUGAUGUCUUACUUUUGCCCAUGCAAGCUGUCAGAUGUUCAUUAUCUGAUAUUCCUGAUCAUAUACCAGAAGAAGUUGUGGUGUGGUUUCAGGAGACUAUUUUAGAUAACUCUUUGAAGGCUUUAGUUGUAGCAAAAGAUCCAGAUGGAACACUAAUUAUAGAACUAUAUGAUGACAAUAUUCAAAUUAGUGCUAGUAUUAAUAAGAAGUUGGGGCUACUUAGUUACGAAGAUAGUAAAAAGGAAAGUGAACUGCUCCUCUCUACAAUUGAAACUCUUGCAGAAAAAAAUGAGAAUAUGAAGUUGCCAUGUACAGAGUAUUUAAUUCAAUCAGGGAACAAGUUACAUAGUAAAGAGAUGUUGGAAGAGUCAUAUAAACCUAAGAUCAACUCAUCAUACAAGGAACUCAACCUUUUACAAAGUUUAAUGGAAACAAAUUUAGUCACUCAAUAUCAAGACAGUGUGGGAAAUAAAAAUCAAGUGUUUCCAUUGACAACAGAAAAGAAAGAAAUUUCUGCUGAGCCACCCUUGAAAACAGCAAAAGUAGAAGCCACUCUUUCAGAGAGAAAAAUAGGAGAUUCAUGUGACAAAGAUUUUCCUCUGAAAUUUUGUGAGAUCCCACAGAAGACUAUAAUGCCUGGCUUUAAAACAACUGUGUAUGUUUCUCAUGUAAAUGAUCUAUCAGACUUUUAUGUUCAACUAAUAGAAGACGAAUCUGAAAUUAAUCAUCUUUCAGAGAGAUUAAACAGUGUUAAAACAAGGCCCAAAUCUUACGCAGGUCCACCUUUGCAAAGAGGAGAUGUGAUAUGUGCUAUUUUCCCAGAAGACAGUUUAUGGUAUCGUGCUGUGGUCAAGGAGCAACAACCCAGUGACCUUCUCUCUGUGCAGUUUAUAGAUUAUGGCAAUGUUUCUGUGGUUCAUAUUAACAAAAUAGGUAGACUUGACCUUGUUAAUGCAGUAUUGCCAGCACUGUGUAUUCAUUGCUCCUUGCAGGGAUUUGGGGUUCCUAACAAUAACAAUUCUAAGAAAAUGAUGCAUUACUUUUCCGAGCGGACCAGUGAGGCUGUAAUAAGAUGUGAAUUUGUUAAAUUUCGAGACAGAUGGGAAGUUACUCUUGCUGAUGAACAUGGGACCAUAGCAGACGAUAUGAUUAGCAGGUAUGCUCUCAGUGAAAAAUCUCAAAUAGAACUUUCUACCCAAGUAAUUAAAGGUGCCAGUUCAAAGUCUAUUAACAAAUUAGACAUUGACACUUCAGUAUUUCUUAACUGGUAUAAUCCAGAAACAAAAAUGAUAAGAGCUUAUGCCACUGUAAUAGACGGACCUGAGUAUUUUUGGUGUCAGUUCGCUGAUACCAAGAAACUUCAGUAUUUAGAAGUAGAAGUACAGACUGCUGGAAAACAGGUAGUAGACAGGAGAAAUUGUAUUCCAUGUCCUCAUAUUGGAGAUCCUUGUAUAGUAAGAUACAGAGAAGAUGGACAUUAUUAUAGGGCACUUAUCACUAAUAUUUAUGAAGAUAAUUUUGUGUCUGUCAGGCUUGUGGACUUUGGAAACAUUGAAGACUGUGUGGACCCAAAAGCACUCUGGACCAUUCCUUCUGAACUUUUGUCGGUUCCCAUGCAAGCCUUUCCAUGUUGCCUCUCGGGAUUUAACGUUUCAGAAGGUAUAUGCUCUCAAGAGGGAAAUGACUAUUUCUAUGAAAUAAUAACAGAGGAUGUGUUGGAAAUAACAAUAUUAGAAAUCAAAAGGGAUGUCUGUGAUAUCCCUUUAGCAAUUGUCAACUUGAAAAGCAAAGGUGAAAGUAUUAAUGAGAAAAUGGAGAAAUAUUCUAAGAUUGGUAUUACUAAGAGUACUCUUCCCUAUGAAAAUACUGGCUCAGAAAUAAAGAAGGCUCUUGGGUCCUCCUGUCUUGAUGUAGGACUUAAGAAAUUAAGUAAUAAAGCUGUACAAAAUAAAACAUUGUAUAUGGAACCACAGAUAGAUGAGCUUGCUGAAAGAACUGAAAAAGAUGUAAACAUUACUGAAACCAAGCCAGGUAAAUUCUGUGACCCUAAAACUGUUAGCAUUUGUGAAGGUUUUAAAAACCCCUGCAAAGAUAAAAUUGAUGCUGAGGAACUGGAAGCUGAAGUAGAGUGCCAUCUGAUUGACAAAGCAGAGUUUGAUGAUAAAUACCUAAUUACAGGAUUUAACACGUUACUGCCACAUGCUAAUGAAAUAAAGGAGAUACUAGAACUGAAUUCACUUGAGGUGCCACUUUCUCCUGAUGAUGAAUUAAAAGAAUUCUUAGAACUGGAAUCUAUUGAGUUACAGAAUUCUCUGGUGGUGGAUGAAGAAAAAGAGGAGCUCAGCCUCGUGCCACCGAGUGUGCCGCUCUCCCAAGACCAUGCCACAGAAGGCACCCUGGAGCCAUUCAUAGUGCAGCUUCCUCUCUGCUGUGAAGCUGAGAAACAGCCAGAACUAGAACUACCUACAACCCAGCUGCCUUUAGAUGACAAGAUGGAUUCUUUGUCUUUAGGAAUUAGUCAGAAAACACAAGAAUCCAUGUGUGCUGAGGACAUGAGAAAGUCAAGUUGUGUGGAAUAUUUUGAUGACCAGCAGCAUCUACAUGGAGCAGAUUGCGAUCCUAAAACGCAGAUUAAAAUGAAUCUAUAUGAAGAAGAAUUUAUAGAGUAUAAAAACAAGGGUGCCAUUUCAGCAUUGAUGCCUUUUUUCUCUGAGGAGGAAAGCAGUGAUGGAAGCAAGCACAAUAAUGAUUUACCAGAUCAUGUCUCAGCUCAACCACAGAACACCUACCCUCUGAAAGCCUUUACUGUUGGAUCUAAAUGUGUUGUAUGGUCAAGUCUAAGAAACACAUGGUCUAAAUGUGAGAUUUUAGAAACAGCUGAAGGAGGAACAAGGGUUUUGAACCUUUCAAAUGGUAUCGAGGAGAUAGUGAACCCUGAGAAUGUCUGGAAUUGCAUACCCAAAUUAGAUAAGAGUCCACCUAAGAAAAGGGGUUUGGAAGUGAUGGAGAUUUAACUGUGGAUCUAUAGCUGUGGCCAAUCAGUCAGAAGCUGCUCUUGAACAAGUGGCAUCUUACCCAGACCAACAGAGUAUUUGAGAAA